AUGGACGAUACAAUGGAGAAGGUACCGUCCCAUACAAGCAAGAGGCGCUUGUCAACGGCCACGGUCAAUGACUCGAAGCCCCAGGCUGGGGAUACCGAGCUGCUGGCGACACUCGGGUACAAGCAGGAGCUGAGACGCCAUUACUCGACGAUUCAGAUCUUUGCUGUCGCUUUCAGUAUUAUGGGGCUCUUACCUUCAAUUGCGUCCACGUUGGCGUUCUCCAUGCCUGCUGGUCCUGUGGGAUGGCUGGCUGCGAGUUGUUUUAUCUUUAUCGUGAGCUUGGCCAUGCUGCAGAGCAGAGAGCUGAUCCUUGGCUAUCAGGCCGAUAUGGCAUCCGCAAUGCCCACAGCAGGAGGACUUUACUUCUGGACACAUUACUUUGCAGCUGAGAAAUGGAAGAACCCGCUGAGUUUCCUCGUCGGGUAUAGCAACACAAUCGGCUUGAUUGGAGGCAUAUGCUCCAUUGACUAUGGCUUCGCUAACAUGCUCCUCUCUGUGAUCUCGCUUGCGCGCGAUGGCAACUGGUCUGCCACACGACCAAUCGUCUACGGGACAUAUGUAGCAACGGUUUUCUCGCACGGCUUCAUCGCCAUUUUCUUCGCUCGGAUCAUGCCGAAGAUCCAAUCCGCCUGUAUCUUCCUCAACAUCGCCCUCGUGGUGGCAACCGUCAUAGCAUUGCCUCUCGGCAAAGCAAAGAAUAGCCCGCCAGUCAACUCGGGCUCGUAUGUCUUUGGCGAGGUCCAGAACCUCACGUCCUGGCCAACUGGCUGGGCAUUUAUCAUGGCGUGGUUGUCUCCCAUUUGGACCAUUGGCGCGUUUGAUUCCUGCGUGCAUAUGAGUGAGGAGGCGACGCAUGCUUCUCGCGCUGUGCCAUUGGGGAUUAUCUCCUCGUCUGGACUGUGUGGUAUUCUGGGGUUCUUCUCGCUGGCGGUCAUUGCGGCUUCGAUGGAUACGAAUAUUGAAGGGAUUCUGGGUUCGAAGUUCGGACAGCCUAUGACUCAGAUCUACUAUGAUGCCCUCGGCAAAAAGGGGGCUCUUGGGUUUAUGGUUGUGGUGAUGAUAGUUCAAUUCUUUAUGGGACUGAGCAUCGUCCUAGCUGCAUCCCGCCAGGGCUGGGCCUUCUCCCGCGACGGCGCCUUACCCUUCUCUUCCUUCUUCCGCAAGGUAAGCCAGCACAGCCUCAUGCGUUAUCAACCAGUCCGAAUGGUCUGCGGCAUAAUCCUCGCAUCCGCAACUAUCGGCCUUCUGUGCCUAAUUGACGAAGCUGCCGCCAACGCCCUCUUCUCCCUCGCCGUAGCCGGCAACGACCUCGCUUGGCUAACGCCCAUCCUGGCGCGCUUGCUGUGGGGUGGUGAUCGCUUUGUUCCCGGGGAGUUCUAUACAGGCAAGUAUCUGAGUAAACCCAUCGGGUGGAUUUCAGUCAUAUAUAUGAUGUUCGCUAUUGUGCUCUCCAUGAUCCCUACGGGGGGACCGAACCCGUCGCCUCAAAAUAUGAACUAUACGGUGGUUAUCAAUGGUAGUCUUUGGUUGGGCGCGCUACUUUACUAUUAUGUGUAUGCGAAGAAGACCUUCAAGGGUCCCCAGACUACUGUUAGUCCUGAGGAUGAGGGGAAGACGUUGAAUGAUUCGAAGUAG